GCAGACUUGGCCUUUUGAUCGAGGAUAUUAGCAUUGCCUUUGCCGCUACUCGAGACUACGUUUUUUGCAACGCCAUGGUCGAUGCAAUCUUCUUCCAAAACCUUGCGUAAAUCGGCGAGGCAAUUGAUGCGGGUGCUCUCACGUUUGAAACAGAGAACAGCCGUGUAGAGAGUAAAUUGAAGCACAUAAUCGAAUAAUAAGAUCCAAGCUACGAGGAAGCAGUACUGUUGGAGACCACCCCGUACUCCAGAAGAAGCCCCCCCAAUGGCUAGGAGUCUGAUUUCAAGUGUCUAGAUCUGGAUAAUGUCCUAGCCUUGAGCUUUUUAUGGUAGUGGCGACGGCAUCCUGAGUGUUCAUAGACUGAGAAGCAGUACGAUGGAGAGGUCGGCACUGUCCGAGUAAACAUAAGCCUCAAAGCCAACGGUCACUGCAAUGAACGGAAUACCCUCGGAUAUCAAUCGGAAGUUGAUCGGUAUGUCGAACUUCGUCGUCACUACGAGGCCAAACAUGAAACCUAGUGCUCCAGAGAAGAGUACCGUGGCAGCGAGCCGGAACUGGGAGCCUAGUCAUCUCAUGGAACAGAAAAGCGAGAUAUAUGUCAAAUGCAUGCAAAUGUAUCCCGGAGUCAGAAUCGCAAUACCAACACUUGAUAAGGUCGAGAAGAGAGGUGCACCCAUCGUUCAUCCAGGGCUGAAAGGGUUGCCCGACUUAUCUGCCACCGUUAGACCUUAUGAUCUAUCUUCUAGAAAACUCAUCAUCUACAGGGGCAGGGUAAGUGUGAGAGAUGACGAGUUAGAGAAAGAACGGAAGAGCUCAUUGGAAGAGAUCGUCCAGCGUCUGUGCAGCCAAGUCCCGAAAGAGGAAAGCCGUCUGCACGAGAUGUUCGGCGGAAUCUCGGGGCAUGCAGACAUCGUCGGUUUGCCACUUCCACGCGGCUGAUUCACUUAGUCGAACAACGUGGCUUCCUUGGAGAAAGACAUCUGUAUCCACCAGACCCGCAGCAGU